CAGAAUCAAAACCAGUACCAAGGUCAUCUUAACAACCCUUUAUGUAUAAAUAGCAGCUGCUACAUUGAUUCCUCAAACCACAUAAGAGGAAUUCAAAUUUGUGCAUUUCAAGUCAUAAGAAGACAAGAUGGCUUUGGCAAGUUUCAUCUUUGCAUUACUAUGUGUAUCAGAACUCAGCACUGACAAGGCGUUUAGUCAAGUGGCACCAAACGCUGUAUGCUCAUGCCAAGAAGCAUACACUUCAGAAGACGGAACAACAACAGUCGUCUUGCAACUGCCCAAGACCAGCACAGCAGUUAGUACUGGUAACAAAAGCCUCAGUGAACUUGACAAAUUAAAACAAAACUACCAAAAACAAGCCCAGAUGUUAUCUUCACAGGGACUUUUGCUGAUGCAGCAGGCUAAGCAAAUUCAGCAAAUUGAACUGGAACUCCAAGACCUUAAACUAUCCAUUUCUAAACCACCUGCUGACUGUCAAGACUUGCUUGUGUCAGGCAAUACUCCCAUAUCGGACUCUCAGAUUACGGCCUCAUCCAUGUACAAUUCUGAUCACGGCCCUGCUCAUUCUAGAUUGUACACCAACAUGGACAAUCAUAUUGUCGGAUCCUGGUCAGCUCGCACCAAUGACAACAAACAAUGGCUGCAAUUUGACUUCGGACGUGUUAGAAAACUGACAGCCAUUUUGACCAAGGGAAGAAAUCAAAUUGCUCAGUUUGUCAAAACAUACCAAAUUCACUAUGGCAACAACACUUUGUUGAUGAAGGGAUACAGAGAUGGAACUGGCUCAGUCAAGAUCUUCCAAGGCAACAUUGACUUGGACAAUAUUCACGAAAAUGUUUUGAACCCUCCUGUGUAUGCUCGCUACCUGCGUAUUAACCCUCUCACUUGGUACGGUCACAUUUCUGUGAGAGCUGACGUGCUGGGGUGUUAA